AUGAACGGCGUUAUCGAGGCACUGUACCUCUAUGACGAUCAUAGAAAUGUCCUCCUCUCACAUACCUACACGGGGCGGCCACUCUCCGCCAACUCGAUACUGUCUCUCUACCUAGAGCAGCCGGCCCCCCAACCGAAUCUGAUAUACCUCCCUAACACCAACCCGCCUACGCUUCUCUUUAGCUUGACGCAUGCGAACCUACUCUGUCUUGUAACAGCAUCCUCCGAGAUCGAGCCCCUCCUGGUUCUGGAAUUCAUGCAUCGAGUGAUAGAUGCGCUGGAAGACUUCCUUGGUGCCCCCCUGCUCGCCGUCAACAUCGAGAACAGCUACGAUGUGGUGGCUCAGAUUCUUUCUGAAGUCUGCGAUGCAGGCAUGAUUAAUACGACGGAGCCCAAUGCGCUCCGGGAACUGGUCGAAAUCGAAGGGUGGAUGGGCAAGCUGCUUGGAAGCAUCAAUCUUCCCGGGUAUGGCUCGCUCUCUCCUUCCAAUAUGUGCGGCGUGAAGCAAAGAAAAUCACCCUCCCCUUCACCUUCGAGCGCGAUCGAGUCUCCAUUCUCCUCCAACAGUGCACCGGCAUUGCCGUGGAGGCGACCAAAUGUGCGCCACACGUCCAACGAGAUGUACGCUGACGUUGUCGAGACACUGUCGGUCACUCUCGCGCCCUCAGGCAGACCGAUUUCUGCUUUCGCAAACGGCACGAUUGCUUUCACCUCGAAAGUCUCUGGAGUGCCCGACAUCACUCUCACCCUGACCAGCCCUUCUGGGAAGCACAAUAUCGGCGGCAUCAUCGAACUCCCAGUAUUUCACCCUUGCGUGCGGCUGAACAGGUGGAGAGAACGGCCUGGCGAGCUGAGUUUCAUACCACCAGAUGGACGGUUUAUCCUAGCGGGCUACGAAGUGGAUUUGCUCCCGUUCACUGGCGGAAAGAGCGGAAACGUUUCCAAUAAUCUCAAGCUGCCGGUCAGCCUGGAGGUGAAAUCUGGACUUGGUGCUACAGGAGCCGAUUUUGAGAUCCGACUACAGGCUCACAAAGUAUUUGGAACAUCAACCUCGGGCAUAGGGAGUCAACUGGGAAGAGGAGGACCUGGACGACUGGGCGCUGGACUGGGCGCUGGACUGGGCGCUGGACCUCAAGCAGGAACGGCCGCCUCACCACUACUCGACGACCUCACAGUCACGGUACCAUUACCCGCAGGGGUGAGGAAUUUAUCAGAGGUUCGCCCCAGCAAAGGUGAUGCGAGCUUCAACCCAGGAGACAGGGUUCUGGAAUGGCACAUCCCCGCAAAGGAGAUGUCUGGCCCUACAUCCUACUUCGGGCUGCGAUGCACUGUGGUUGGCCCCCUUACUGAGGAGGAAGAUAAUGAAUCUGAUGCUGGCGGCCUCGGGUUCAGUACCGAUUUCCCCUACAACGAACCUUAUCAGAGUACAUCCUCAGCAAAGGCUGAGCCUGAGCCGAAGGUCGAUGACAAGGAGAAGGAUGCGAAGAAGGUCGCACAGAACAAGAUUCUGAUGCCGACAUCAGCCUCAGUGAGCUUCUCUGUCAAGGGCUGGCUGGCAAGCGGCCUUAAGGUGGAGAGCAUUGUGCUAGAUACUCGGAAAAGUAGGGGAUUGGGUGAAAGUGUCAAACCGUACAAGGGUGUCAAGUAUCUGACACGCCCCAAGACGGCCAUCUUCUUUCCAGGCCACGGCGUGCAGCGAGUGGGCAUGCUCAGCCCGUGGGUUGAGGCUUUCCCGUCGACGGCGUCCCAGAUUAUUCAAGAGAUAGACCACACCCUCGGGUACAAACUCACAGACAUCAUCCAGCAUGGGCCAUCCCGGACUUUGACUGAGACGACAAACUCACAGCCCGCCAUCAUGGCCACUUCCAUCCUUAUCCUGCGCAUCCUCGAACGGGAAUUCAACUUCAAGGUCGAGGAGCAGUUCGAUUUCACACUCGGCCAUUCCCUGGGAGAAUUCGCGGCGCUCAUCGCCGGAGGCUACAUCUCCUUCGAAGACAGCCUUUACCUGGUACACAUGCGCGCCAGAGCCAUGUCGGAAGCCACCCGGCGAGCAGUGAAGGAGUACGGCGGCGAAUACGGGAUGAUAGCAGUGAUAACCGAGCCGCCCUAUCUGAAGAGCCUGAUAAAGACGAUCCAGGGUUUCGUGGGACCUACCAGGGCCGGGGACGAGGCCUCGACCAGGGAAGACUUACCCCCAAUUCAGCAAGUAUCGAUUGCCAACAUCAACAGUCAGAACCAGAUCGUCCUCAGCGGCAAUAUCGAGCGGAUCCGGACCCUGAUUGCGCAUGUGCGGCAGUUCCUGGGCCACGACCCCCGGGCGGUGCGCCUGAACAGCGACAGCCCAUUUCACAGCCCCAUCAUGAAGCCGGCGGUCUCGGUCAUGCACAAUUUGCUGAGCCAGAAGAGCAGGACGCCGGGGAGGGAGGAUGAAGAUAUCAUUACCUUUCCUGGGCGGCUGCCUUGUAUUAGUAACGUCAAUGCGCGAGAGUUUCAGAGCAAGGAGCAGCUGAAGGACCUGCUCGCCCGCAGCUGCCUCGAGACCGUGCAGUGGUGGGAUAGCAUACGGUAUCUCGACCAGGAAGUGAAGAUUCGACGCUGGGUGGGGAUUGGGCCGGGCUAUGUCGGGCGCAACCUCGUCGGCAAGGAGGUCGGCAUGAGAGGAAAGGACAUGGUGAAGGGGGGCGGCGUGUGGGCCAUCACUGACCCUUCGGAGAUCGAGGAAGUUCUGAGAGGGCUGGAAGAGACGAAUAAUAUCAAAGACGAGGACGGGAGAGAGGCAGAGCGGAAGGAGCAGGAACAGGAGCGGGAACGAACGCGGAAGCUGAAGCUGAAGGCCGAGCACGAGAGACUGCGAGGUGGAUUUGAGCCUUGGGAUGGACGUGAUUCCAUUUAA